CGGUACUGCAUGAUUAGACUCCGUAAUGAUCAAGUCCUCCGUGAAGUGAGUCAGUCAACAUGUUUCUCUGUACUUUACUCGUGACUGUGAUGUGCAGGCUGACUACCAGCCUUACCACUGUGACACCUAUCACGAUCGAUUCCGACUUGGCUUAUCCAGAGAUCCCGCUCGAUGAAUCAUGCAUCGCUGGAUUACCCUUGCCAUCGUGUAGAAUCAAGUGCUACAGGAUGUUCAAGAAAGCCUACUGUGAAAGCAAUGCACAAUGUAAAUGCCGGUUUGAAGGCAAGGAUAAAAGUUUCUACGAGGCUUUGAUCAGCUCUCCUCCUCACUUCUUCAAUAAACCGAGUGUACGGAACUUUGGGGUACUGAAGAACAUGGACUUGCAGUCAGAAUUCAUGCCGACCUUACAGGCACCUCAAGGUCGCAGAUUUAGCCAAAUUUCAAAUACAGAUUCCAUUGUGAACGACGCUAGGGAUACACCACACAGCGUUGUACUAUUUUUCAUCCAACUAAAGAAAACAUUCCGUCUGAGCUUGGAUGACAACGCUGAUCCACCUGCAACUGCCACUUCAAGCAGUCAGUCGUUUGACAACGUCAAGGUCACUCCAAAGUCAUUAGUCCUCACUGAAACGGAAGUUUUAGAGGCCGAAAAUUCGAGAGUGCCUCAGUUUGUGUGCUUCCUCCUAGUACUUCUGCUUUGCUGUCUGAUACUGGCCGAACUUGCCAUGUGGUACAGGAAGGAAACAAAAAGGAAUAACAUGGAUUCUAUUUUUGAAAGGGAUCGUAUUUUAGAAAAAGCAUAAGCAAUAUUUGUAAUAUUUUAUUUAAGAAAUAAUACAAUUAUUGUGUA